AAUUGUAUGUCAGGUGGUAGUAUAAACAAACAUUUAUUUACAUUUUGCUUAAAUUUAAUUCCUUUUAAUAAUCCUACAUCUUAAAUUAAGUACAAAAAUGCAAUGUCGCGUGUGUAUGCAAAGUAAAUGCCAAAUAUUGUUCGAGAUGAAUAUACUUGGAACGGAUGACGGCAAGAACCUUUACGAAUGCUUCAAUGAAUGUACACAACUAGAUGCAUCAGCAAAGGACCAUCUGCCCAAAACGCUAUGUAAACUAUGUGCACAAAAACUUCAAAUAGCGUAUAACUUUAGAAGAAAUGCACGACAGUCAAAUGAGGAAUUUAAGAAACUUUUAAUAUCUCAAAAAUUGGAAACUGAUUCGGUUGAUAGUUCACCAGAGGAAUUGUGUGCGCUUGAGGAUACCGAAGAAAGUACAGAUGAUCCAUUAGAUAUGAGUUUUCAUGAAGCAUUAAAGGCUCUUAAGAAACCUUCGGAGGAAUUGACAACGGAAGAGUUUUGUUUAGAGGAAGAUCCGGAUCAGUCUUUGGAGGAACGUUUAAUGGAAUUUCCAAUGGAAAAGUCGUGCUUAGAAGAAGCUCCAAAUCGAUUGGAGGAAUCUUUGGUGGAAUUUCCAACAGAACAGUUUUGCUUAAAGAAAUCACCAAAUCGAUCCUUGGAGGAAGGUUUGAUCGAAUUUCCAACGGAAAAGUCAAACUUAGAAGUAGCUGCGAAUCGACCUUUGGAAGAAGACUUGAUGGAAUUUUCCACGGAAAAGUCGUGCUUAGAAGUAGUUCCGAGUCCAUCUUCCGAGGAACAUUUUGAAGAAUUCCCAACGGAAAAGUCUUGCUUAGAGGAAUCCUCAAAUCAAUCUUACGAGGAAACACAUAUAGAAAUCGUAAGGGAAAGCACACCGGUGGACAAUACGGCAUUGCAUGAUAAUGAUGAACAGUCGCAAGUAAUCAUGGAGAAUGAAAUUGAAACACGUAAUUCAUUUCGGCAGGACGAAUAUGAGAGUGAAACGGAGCCCGUAAAAAAAGUGGAUUACGAUUGUGAGAUAUGUAGUAGUACAUAUACAAACAAAAAUGAACUUGAAAAACAUAUAUCCCAACAGCAUAAAUCUGAAGUAAUUUGUUUAAGUUGUCCAAAGGUAUUUGAUAUGCCUAUUGAGUUGAGAAUUCACAACCAACUUGUACACGGAACCGAUUCACCAGUACAAUGUAAUUUCUGCAGUGAAAAGCCCCUAUUGCCUCGUAAUGAGCUUGUCAAACACUUUCAAACAACUCAUAAUUCUCGCUACUAUUGGUAUUUCCCACACGUACAAAAACGACAUGCAAAUGAUACGGAGGUUCGUUCGGCCAUAAAAUACACAUGUAAAUAUUGCCAAAAAAUUUUCACAACGGUUAUUGAUUUGACAGAACAUAUUAGAUCCCACCUCUUUAAAUGUCCAUUCUGUUUGAAAAAUUUUCACAGAAUGCGUACAUAUUACUUACAUGUUAAACGUUUGCAUAACAGUUCAGCAAGCCAAUUCCCGGCUAUACCAUUAGCGGGAGAUAGCAAAGAUAAGCCGAUUCGAUGCAAAGCUUGUAACAAAAGCUAUACAAAUUUAGCCUCCUACAAUAAGCAUCUAAAAGAAAAGCAUAAUAAAGGAACAAGAUCAAAAGCUAAACAAAAAACGACAGAAUAUGAAGCAAAGGAAGCUUCGAUUGCGGAAGACGAAGACAGGGAUACCACCACAGAUGCCACUAUUGCAGAGGGCGAAGCUUUUGAAAAUGAAGACGAAGAUGCCGUUCAAGCUCUAAAUAAAUCGGUUAAAAAGGAACAAAGAAAAAAGAAAAAUGUACCACAAAUAAAGGAAAAAAAGAGAUUUCUCUGUUCAUAUUGUCCACGUGUGUUAUGUUCAAACGUGUCGCUGGCGUCGCACGAAAGAAGUCAGCAUCUCAAUUCAAAAACAGAUAUUAAGGAGUGUCCAAUAUGUCAAAAAUUGAAGUCGGAUUAUAUAAGAAAUCAUAUUAAAAUUGUACACAUAGGGGAACGUAAUAACAUUUGCGAUAUUUGUGGUGGUGCCUAUAAGAGUCCUAGUCAACUUAAACGGCACAAGCUGUUGCAUAUGCCAGACCGUCAUUUGCCAUGCAGUGUAUGUGAUAGGAAAUUUACGGAAACAUCUGCCCUCAAAGUACAUAUGCGCAGUCACACGGGCGAAUUGCCAUAUGCUUGUCAUUUGUGUGAUCGUCAAUUCCGUAUCCGUGUACACCUUACCUAUCAUUUAGAACACCAUGCUAAUAUAAAGAAAAUAUGCAAAGUUUGUGGCAAGGAAUUCAAAGAUGGCACAACACUGCGAAGACACUCGUUCGAACAUAAUGGAAAAAUGCCAUAUAGAUGCACUGCUUGCCAUUAUCAAACUGCCAAACGUGAAUAUAUAACGACACAUAUGCUCCGAAAACAUGACAUACAAAUUACUGACGAAGAAUUAUAUUUAAUGUUUAAAACGAAUACCGGUAAAUCGCCUCGCGUAAAAAAUGUUGAAUACCUGAAAAAGUUGACUGAAAAUUUACAAACGUCAGAUAAUUCAAAUUAAUGUACAGAUUUAUUAUUUCUUUUUUUAAUUUAUGUGUUUAUUAGUUUUAAGUUACCAAACGCAUUUCGUAAUAAAUUGUAACAUUGCCUCAA